GCUGUGGAGGGGGGAGUAUGGGCUGGACCAGUUACUAGGUGGGGUUUAUCAGUGUAUAAAUACUCUCUCUGUGUCGCUACAACGCCCCUGGAUCCAUUGAGACUAACUUCUUUCCUCUAAAACCACACGACAGACUCCAGCAGCACCACCAUGUCUUUCAUCACCGCCUUCUUGGAGCAGUCUAUCUAUAUGGGCAUGCCUGAUGACUCAGACCUCAAGAAAGAGGGAACGGUGACCGCAGCUCCCAAUUUCAGCGCCAGUGGAGAUGCAGCAGUCCUGGAUAAAGCAAUCAAGGCAAAAGGUGUGGAUGAGAACACCAUCAUUGAAAUUCUGGUGAAGAGGAGCAACGAGCAGAGGCAGCAGAUCAAAGAGGCUUACCAGCAAGCCAGUGGCAAGCCUCUGGAAUCAGCGCUGAAGAACGCUCUGAAGGGAGAUCUGGAGGAUGUGGUGUUGGCUCUGCUGAAAACACCGGCCCAGUACGAUGCCCAACAGCUGAAACUGGCCAUGAAGGGUCUGGGCACAGAGGAGGACAUCCUUAUAGAGAUUUUGGCCUCCAGGAACAACAACGAAAUCCUUGACAUAAAGAAAGCCUACAAGCAAGAUUACAAGAAGGAUCUGGAGGCUGACAUCAAGAGUGACACCAGUGGAGAUUUCAGGGCUGCUCUCCUUGAACUCUGCAAGGCCAGCAGGACUGAAGGAGUUUGUGAGCAGAUGGUUGACAGCGAUGCCAGGGCUCUGUACGAGGCCGGGGAGGGGAGGAAAGGCACAAACGCCACCGUCUUCAUUGAGAUCCUCACCAGCAGGAGCGCCCCUCAUCUCCGUAAAGUGUUUGAAAGGUACUCAAAGUACAGCAAAGUGGACAUGGCCAAAGUUAUCGACCUGGAGAUGAAGGGGGAUAUUGAAAGUUGUCUCAUGGCAGUAGUGAAGUGUGCUGGAAGCAGGCCUGCAUUCUUUGCUGAGAAGCUCUCCUUGGCCAUGAAGGGUAAAAAUCCCCGCAAACACCUCCUGACCCGCAUCAUGGUUAGCCGCUCUGAAAUCGACAUGAAACGGAUCAAGGAUGAGUACAAGAAAACCUACGGCACAACAGUCUACCGGGAUAUUCUGGAUGACACUAAAGGAGACUAUGAGAAGAUUCUGCUCGCUCUCUGUGGGGGUGAAAACUAAAAGCCAAUCAAUGGGAUCAAGGCUCAUACAGCUGAAGCUCCAGCAGCGAGCCCAGCUGUGGAAAAUCACCUAUAAUCUCAUGACACAUAUUGUGCCUUAUGCUCUUGUGGAGAACUGACUUGUCUUUGUUUGACUGUCAUGAUAUUUAGAAGAUAUUAACUGCAAUGCGCAAAGAUUAACAUUGAAUCGGCACUGCUUCAGCAGAUAUUUUCUCUUCAAGUUAUUCCUUUUCAUUCCAACACUUAUCCCAGUAUAGAUCUGACAGCAGUAUGCCAGUGGAUCUAUGCUCUGGGAUAGACUUAGCUUUUCACUCAUUAGAUUUGCAUAUCUGGUGCUCGAACAGACGCUGAAGUCAGCGAUCACAGUGCAGCUGCAAACAGAUGUAUAACAGAUCACCAUGUGCCAAUCAUAGUCAGUGGCAGCGGUAGGCAUACCCUUGAAGGAGCUUGGACAACUUGCAAAUAAAAGGUUUUUGUAUGAAGGCCUA